CCCCUGGCGCUCCGCGCCGCCUGCAGCCUGCGCGCUCCCCGCUGCCUCCGCUCCACGGCCGCCGCCCGCCAGGAGCAGCCGGGGGAGCCGGCCCGGCCGCCGCCGCCUCCUGACCCCGAGCGGGGCUCGGUGCGCGGCGGGACCGGCCCGCGGGGGACGCGCCGGGUGCAGCCGCCGCCGCCCGCUGUGGACUUCGGGGACCCGCGGGAGGCGUUUCGCAGCAAGAGCAGCGCGGAGCUGGUGCGGGCGCUGCUGGUGCUGCGGCUCUGCGCGCUGGAGCCGUUGGUGGCGCGGAGCCGGCAGCUGAUGAACCUCAGCAGGAAGUUGCUGGGGCAGCAGCGGUUUGAGAAGCUGAUGAAGAUGACCUUCUAUGGGCAGUUUGUGGCUGGCGAGGACCAAGAGGCCAUCAAACCCCUGAUCCAACGAAACCGUGCGUUUGGGGUGGGCUCGGUGCUGGACUACAGCGUGGAGGAGGAUCUGACACCGGAGGAGGCGGAGCGUAAGGAAAUGGACUCCUGUACCUCUGCGUCUGAGAAGGAGACGGGGGCACGCUCCCCCUACCUGUCCCCAGGUGCCGCCCAGAGAGAGAAGCAAUACCUUGCGCAUCGGGAGUUUGGGGACCGCCGGGACAGGGUCAUCAGUGCUCGCACCUACUUCUACGCAGACGAAACCAAGUGUGACCAGCACAUGGACACGUUCCUGCGCUGUAUCGAGGCCUCGGGUGGCAGCUCCGAGGACAGUUUUUCGGCCAUUAAGCUGACAGCUUUAGGAAGGCCUCAGUUCCUGCUGCAGUUCUCGGAGGUGCUGAUGAAGUGGAGGAAGUUCUUUCACCAGAUGGCCGCAGAGCAGGGCAAGGCGGGGCUGGCUGUGAUGGAGACCAAGCUGGAGGUGAAAAAGCUGCAGGAGACCCUGGCGAACCUUGGGAUUGCGACCAAAGCGGAGAGCCAGCACUGGUUCACAGGCGAGGACCUGGGCGUGUCUGGCACUGUGGACUUGCUGGACUGGAACAGUCUGAUUGACAGCCGAACGAAGCUCUCCAAACUGCUGCUCAUCCCGAACAUGAAGACUGGCCAGUUGGAGCCUCUGCUCUCGCACUUCACCGAAGAGGAGGACCUGCAGAUGAAGCGAAUGCUGCAGAGGAUGGACGUCCUGGCCACAAGAGCCCUGGAGCUGGGAGUGAGGCUGAUGGUGGACGCUGAGCAGACCUACUUCCAGCCAGCCAUCAGCCGGCUCACCCUGGAGAUGCAGCGCAAGUUCAACAUGGAGAAGGCUGUCGUAUUUAACACCUUCCAGUGCUACCUGAAGGAGGCGUACGACAAUGUGACGAUGGAUGUGGAGCUCUCUCGCCGCGAGGGCUGGCACUUCGGGGCCAAGCUGGUCAGAGGCGCGUAUAUGGAACAAGAACAGGCCCGAGCUGCCCAAGUCGGCUACGAGGAUCCCCUCAACCCUACGUACGAAAAGACCAACGAGAUGUACCAGAGGUGCCUGGACUACGUUCUUGAGGAGAUCAAGUACAGCCAGAAAAUCAAAGUGAUGGUGGCAUCGCACAACGAGGACACGGUGACGUUCACCAUUCGCAAAAUGGCAGAGCUUGGCAUUCAUCCCUCUGAGAAAAAGGUGUACUUCGGGCAGCUGCUGGGCAUGUGUGACCAGAUCACCUUCCCUCUGGGGCAAGCAGGUUAUCCAGUCUACAAAUACGUUCCCUACGGCCCUGUGAACGAAGUGCUGCCGUACCUGUCCAGAAGGGCCCUGGAAAACAGGGGCUUCAUGAAGAGAGCCAAACGCGAGAGGGACCUCCUCUGGAGUGAGUUCAAGAGAAGACUGAUCACUGGCAGCCUCUUCUGUAAUCCAAGCCACUAACCUGCCCUGCCUGGGGCUGGGAUAUGCUGCAGCAAAUGUCCCAGACAGGCAGACCUAGCGGCUUUUUAAUAACUGCUGCUGUUUUUCUCCAACUACCCUUUUCCACCAAUCUGUCCUCCCCGCAGAGGCCUUCUCCCGUGGCGAAGACCUUCUCUAGUGCAUUAAUAUCUGACCUGCACCAGUGACCCUCCAGUAAACAUCUCCGCAGCGGGCCCACGUCACUGUCCCUGCUGUGGGAUGGUUCAGGAGCAGCCGUUUCCUUAAGGACGUCCUUACACCCGUGCAAUUAAAUGUUGUCCUAGGA